AUGGAGUUUUCCAGCGGAAGUUUCGACACGUGUCCCACAACAUCCGCAUCGCUCGUACGCAGCGCAGCCUCAACGCCGGCCGCACGCUCUUCGGGCGGCCCCAACUUAUCACGCGUAACUUACUUCGCGACUCGACCAGUGCUUCGCGAUGCUCACAACGGAGACCUCGAGGGGAACAUCGUAAGGAUUCUCUUGGGCAGUAAUGAGUCGUAG